GAGCGCAGCCCCCUUCCGGCGGUGGGCGAAGGCGGUGCUUGCAGCGCAGGGCGGUCGUGGCGUGUUCCCGCCCCCGCUACCGCUCCCGCGGCAGCCUGGCGGUCUCGGCUUCAGGGUCGCAGAGCUUCCCAGGAAGCGGCUCUGUGCUGGGGACCUGUCAGCCGCCAUGGGUACCAACGCGCCGGCUCGCCGGGAGCCGCUCGCCCGCGGCCCCCAUGAAGUAUAUUUCAAGAAUCUUUCAAAACAGAAACAAAAGGAAGUAAUGGAGAAGAAUGGAAACAACCACAAACUUCGUGUUUGUGUUGCUACUUGCAACCGUGCUGAUUAUUCAAAAUUGGCUCCCAUUAUGUUUGGUAUUAAGGCAGAACCACAGUUCUUUGAGCUUGAUGUUGUAGUGCUUGGUUCCCACCUCAUUGAUGAUUAUGGCAAUACCUAUCGUAUGAUUGAACAAGAUGACUUCGAUAUUCAUACAAGAUUGCACACCAUUGUGAGAGGGGAGGAUGAGGCAGCUAUGGUAGAAUCAGUAGGCCUUGCAUUAGUCAAGUUGCCAGAUGUCCUGAACCGCCUGAAACCUGACAUAAUGAUCGUUCAUGGAGACAGAUUUGAUGCUUUGGCCCUGGCAACAUCUGCAGCACUGAUGAAUAUUCGCAUUCUUCACAUUGAAGGCGGGGAAGUCAGUGGGACCAUUGAUGAUUCCAUCAGACAUGCUAUAACCAAACUGGCCCAUUACCAUGUGUGCUGCACAAGGAGUGCAGAGCAACAUUUGAUAGCCAUGUGUGAAGAUCAUGACCGCAUCCUUUUAGCAGGCUGUCCUUCAUAUGACAAGCUUCUCUCUGCCAAAAAUAAGGACUACAUGAGUAUUAUACACAUGUGGUUAGGUGAAGAUGUCAAAACAAGAGAUUAUAUAGUUGCUCUGCAACAUCCUGUAACCACAGACAUUAAACAUUCCAUAAAGAUGUUUGAGCUGACACUAGAUGCACUCAUCUCCUUCAACAAGAGAACACUUGUUCUAUUCCCUAAUGUGGAUGCAGGAAGCAAGGAGAUGGUUCGAGUGAUGAGGAAGAAGGGCAUUGAACACCAUCCCAAUUUCCGGGCAGUAAAACACGUCCCUUUUGACCAGUUCAUUCAACUAGUCGCUCAUGCUGGUUGUAUGAUUGGUAACAGCAGUUGUGGUGUCCGAGAGGUGGGAGCAUUUGGUACACCUGUAAUCAAUUUAGGGACACGUCAGACAGGAAGAGAAACAGGUGAAAAUGUUCUUCAUGUUCGUGAUGCUGACACACAGGAUAAGAUUCUGCAUGCUCUACAGCUGCAGUUUGGUAAACAAUACCCAUGCUCAAAAAUAUAUGGUGAUGGCAAUGCUGUUCCAAGGAUUUUGAAGUUCCUUAAGUCUAUUGACCUCAAAGAGCCAUUGCAAAAGAAAUUCUGCUUUCCUCCUGUAAAAGAUAACAUUUCUCAAGAUAUUGACCAUAUUCUAGAGACACAAAGUGCUCUGGCUGUGGACCUAGGUGGAACAAAUCUCCGAGUAGCAAUUGUCAGUAUGAAGGGUGAAAUAGUUAAGAAGUAUACCCAGCUCAACCCUAAAACUUAUGAAGACAGACUAGAAUUAAUUCUAAAGAUGUGUGUAGAGGCUGCAUCAGAGGCAGUAAAUGUGAACUGCAGAAUUUUGGGAGUAGGUAUUUCCACAGGUGGACGAGUAAACCCCCGAGAAGGAAUUGUGCUUCACUCUACAAAACUUAUUCAGGAAUGGAGCUGCGUGGAUCUCAGAACUCCAAUAUCUGAUGUUCUGCACCUACCAGUCUGGGUGGACAAUGAUGGAAACUGUGCUGCUCUAGCAGAGAGGAAAUUUGGUCAUGGAAAAGGAGUAGAAAAUUUUGUAACACUAAUUACUGGUACAGGAAUUGGAGGUGGAAUCAUUCAUCAACAUGAACUGAUCCAUGGCAGUUCUUUCUGUGCUGCUGAGCUUGGGCAUAUUGUUGUAUCUUUAGAUGGACCAGAGUGCCUGUGUGGUAGCCAAGGAUGUAUAGAAGCAUAUGCCUCUGGAAUAGCAUUACAGAGAGAAGCUAAGAAACUGCACGAUGAGGAUCUGCUUUUAGUAGAAGGAAUGGCAAUGAAGAAGGAAGAGGUUGUUGGUGCUGCACAUCUCAUUCAAGCAGCUAAACUUGGGAACACAAAAGCAGACAAUAUUCUCAGAACAGCUGGGACAGCAUUAGGUCUUGGAGUUGUGAACAUCCUGCACACGAUGAACCCGUCUCUCGUGAUCCUGUCUGGAGUUCUAGCUAGCCACUACGUCAAUGCUGUCAAAGAUGUCAUAAAUCGACAGGCUUUGUCCUCUGCUAAAACUGUGGAUGUGGUGGUCUCAAAUCUGGCAGACCCUGCUCUCCUCGGAGCUGCGAGCCUGGUGCUGGAUUAUACUACACGCAGAAUAUACUAGGUAUUGGAAGAACUACAGAAUGGACUAUUCAGGUUCCUCCUGGGUGGAGGGAAUACUUACCCAAAAUCUUUUCUUUGAUGAAAGCAGCUACUGAAUGAGAGUAGUGUUGAGUAGUGACUACUUCAGCAUUUCGUAAUUGAAGUAUUCUCUUUUUCUUUUUUGCCUGUUUCCUAAAUUUCAUCUGACUUCAUAGCAACUAGUGUGCAAUUCUCUUGUUUCUAAUUGCCUCUGUUGGCAAGCCCAUAUGUUGCUUUAAGUGUAGCUGAAUUAUUUAUGAGCGUAUCUUGAUGUAUGGUGGGGAAUAUGUGUAUGGUUUGUCACUUUGUAGUGAAUAUUUGGGGAUAUUAACUCAUUUCUCACCUGUGUGAAAUGAGAAGUCUAUGAUUCUACAUGAC